CAUGAUUGUGGAAAUUGAUUUUUACACGUGUAUUUUUUUUUUGUAAAGAAUAUAUGGUGAUCCAAUAGUUUGUGUCUAUUUUGUUUCAUGCAAAAUUCUUCAAGAUCAAAAUGGAUUUUGCAAAACGACAGAUGAAAAAUAUGGGAUGGAGCGAAGGUAAAGGAUUAGGUGCUGAAGAAAAUGGUAUUGUAAAACCAAUUGUUCCCAAUAUUCAAAUGGACACUCGUGGUCUCGGAUUCAGCAUAGCCGAUUCUUUACAGAUUAAAAACCAAUGGUGGGCAGAAGCAUAUAAUGUUGCCAGUAAAGGUUUAAAACCUGAAUAUAAAAUCACAUCAGUUGGAGUGAUUGUUAAAACAAAAUCCUGCUCAAAAAAUGACGAUAAUAUUGAAGAAAAUCCAGAAGAAGAUAAAGUUUACAAUCAACAUUUCGUAAGCGCUGGAACGAUAACGAACAAAACCGACGAUGAUAUUGAACAAAUCAAUGAUAAAAGUUGUUCCAAGAAAAAAAGAAAAAAGAAACUCAAGAAAGAAAUUGACGACGAAAAAUCCGAAGAAAUAAAAAAUGAAAAUAAACUUAAAAAAUCAUUAGAUUUUAAUGUGAUAUUUGCUAAAAAUAAAAAUAUAACCUGUCAUAAAGCUGCACGUUUGGGUAUUAAAAUGUCUGGAAAAAUGAAACGAUUACAAGAACAAGAAGCGAAAUUUUCAUUUUCUAAAAAAUAAUGAAUCAAUUUUUUUUCUGAUAAAUAUUCUAAUCGAUCUCAAUGAUACACCGCAAACAAUUGUCAUGUUCAAUAA